AUCGUCUGCGUCCUCUGCGUCCGAGAGGUGGCGCAGGGAGCUCGCACGUGCGCAGGGGGCCGGUGCUCGGGACGCUGCCUGCGGGCGGCAGCUGUGUGCUGGGCUCCUUCCCGGGUUCUGCAGCUUCCCAUUCCGACGCAUCCGUUAGCUUAGCGAACAUCGCUUAGGAUGCACUUUAAACCUUCCCCUGGCCUCUCCUCUACCAAUUUAAUCUAGCGUUGUGAGAAAUGUACCCAGUUCCCGAAAGUGCCCUGGGAUCGAUUACCUAGAGAGACAAGAGCGGUGUAUUUAUUCCUUCUUUACCAAGGUAAACUUGUAAUAACGUCGGCAGCACCGUGUAGGAAGCUGUCAGGAAACAGCGGACGCUUCUGUUUCGCCCCUCGCCAUCCACCACAAUGCGGGGACCGCAGGGAAAACUGUGACGGGGAGACCGAAAGGCGCUAGAAAGGGGACCCGGGCUUCUUGCUCCUCACCCCUGCCGAAGGGUGCGAACAGGCACCCCGGCCCUGCACACCAGCCGGGCACAGCGGCCCGCGCUCCCCGGCUUUCCUCUGCCUGCCCUGCGCCCCGCGCCCCGCACCCGCCCGCGCGCCCCGCCAACCGUCUCCUCCGCCGGCCGGCAUGCUGCUCCCGCUGCUGCUGCCGCUGCUGCUCCCGGCUCUGCGGGCGGAGCUCGCCGGGCCGCACGCCCUCCUCGAUUUGAAAGGCGUUUUCCUGCAUGUCACAGUGCCGCGGAAGAUGAGGUCAAAUGACAGUAAAGUCUCAGAGACAGAGAUGACUUAUAGCAUUACAAUCGAUGGAAAAAUAUGUACCCUGCAUCUCAGAAAACAAUCAUUCUUAUCCUCCAGUUUUUUGGUUUCUACAUACAACGAAACUGAAUCUUUACAUUCUGAGUCUUCAUAUUUUAUGAUACAUUGCCAUUACCAAGGAUAUGCUGAAGAGUUUCCAAAUUCUGUUGUGAUACUCAGUGUCUGCUCUGGCCUCAGGGGAUUGUUACAGUUUGAAAAUAUCACCUAUGGAAUUGAACCACUGGAAUCUUCAUCAAGAUUUGAGCAUAUAAUUUAUCAAGUGAAAAGUGACAAUCAGGAUAUACCAAUGUUAAUAAAAAAUUACAGCAAUAUUCGGCAGAAAGGCCAGUUCUCUAGAGAUCAUUUAAACCCAGAGGGAACAUCUCAUUUACAACUAUUACCUCAGUAUCUGCAAAUGCACAUUAUAGUGGAAAAAGCUUUGUAUGAUUACAUGGGACCUGAAAUAAUGGCUUUAACACAGAAAAUCGUCCAGAUUAUUGGGCUGGUCAACGCUAUGUUUACCCAGCUUAAAUUGACUGUUUUACUGUCCUCACUGGAACUGUGGUCAGAUAAAAACCAAAUUUUGACUGAUGGAGAUGCUGAUGACAUAUUACAAAGAUUUUUGGCAUGGAAAAGGGACUCUUUUAUCCAACGGCCCAAAGGCAUAGCAUAUUUACUUAUUUACAGGAAACACCCUCACUAUAUGGGAGCAACGUUUCCAGGCGGAAUAUGCAAUAAAAAAUACAGUGCGGGUGUAGCAAUGUUUCCAGACGGUAUAAGUUUGGAAGGAUUUUCAGUUAUUAUGGCUCAACUGCUUGGCCUUCAAAUUGGACUAACAUACAACGACACCGAUAAUUGUUCUUGUCCAAGAACUACAUGCAUAAUGAGUCCUGAAUCACUGAGUUCCAGUGGUAACAAGAUUUUUAGUAACUGUAGCAUGCGUGACUACAGAUAUUUUGUUUCAAAAAUGGAGGCAGAUUGUCUUCACAACCUUUCAAAUUUGAAACUCCUUUAUCAAAAUCAACCAGUGUGUGGCAAUGGAAUUUUGGAAACUGAUGAAGAAUGUGACUGUGGUAAUAAAGAGGAAUGUCAAUUUAAAAAUUGCUGUGAUUAUAAAACAUGUAAACUGAAAGGCUCAGUAGAAUGUGGUUCUGGACCAUGUUGCACAUCAAAAUGUGAGUUGUCAGAAGCAGGCACUCCCUGUAGAAAGAGCAUUGACCAGGAAUGUGACUUCACAGAGUAUUGCAAUGGGACUUCGAGUCAGUGUGUUCCUGACACUUAUGCAUUGAAUGGCAAUUUGUGCCGGUUAGGAACAGCGUACUGUUACCAUGGAAGAUGUCAAACUCUUGAUAACCAGUGUGCUGAGAUAUUUGGAAAAGGUGCUCACGGUGCUCCUCGUGUCUGCUUCAAAGAAGUUAAUUCUCCACAAGAGAGAUCUGGAAACUGUGGUUUUAAAAAUUCACAGCCAUUACCUUGUGAACAGAAGGAUGUUCUCUGUGGAAAGUUAGCCUGUGUCCAGCCACAUAAGGACACUAAUAAAAGUGCUAUUAGAUCUACAGUUUAUUUAUAUAUCCACAAUUAUGAAUGUCUGUCCAUAAUUCCUGGGACUUCUUUGAGAUCAGAUGGGAGAGACGAUGCCUAUGUGACUGAUGGCACUGUGUGUGGCCCACAAAUGUAUUGUAUAAAUAAAACCUGCAGAGAAGCUCAUUUAGUAGGAUUUAACUGUAAUGCCACUGAAAAAUGUAAAGGGAAUGGGAUAUGUAAUAAUUUUGGCAACUGCCAAUGCUUUCCGGACCACAGGCCUCCAGGCUGUGAAUUCCAUUUUGGCUCACCAGGGGGCAGUAUUGAUGAUGGAAAUGUUCUGAAAUCCGAUAUAAUUUACAUUAAGGAAGUGUAUAAUAUACAACGAAGCAACUGGCUUCUUUUGAGUUUCUGCAUUCUCCUGCCGUUUUUCAUAAUUCUCAUCGUCGCGAUCAUCAAGGUCACCGAAAUGAGACUCCUGUGCAGCGCGGAGAGCAUGAAGUACGAGGGGUAAAUACGCCUGAUAGCGUUACCUUAGUUGGUGCCACAAACUCACACUCGCGUUGUUUAUCAGGCUACUUCUUACUCCUAAUAGGUGCUACGUUUAAUCCCACGUAAGUGGACUUCUUGCCCUGGUUUUUCAGUAGUUUGCUGUCAGCACUCGGCAGUGAGAGGUCUCGCUGCCCGCCAGCCUGCCCUCCCGAGCGCUCCCCAUGCGCCCGGGACCUGAGCGUCACGGAGGAGCAGACCCGGAGUCUAAGUCUAAGCGUGCGUCCAGCUGGAUUUAAAGAUGUGUCAGAGCUCGCUUUCUUCAAGGAAAACGAUUUUCCAACUUAAGAGUUACAUUAAAGCUUUUAUCAAUUAUUUUCAUUUCUUUUUAAUUUC